AUGUCGUCUCUCAAUGUAGCUGCUCUAUCGAAAUGGAAUUCAGCGUUGGGCAACGACCCAACGCACAACCUCGCGAGUACCGUCCUCAAGAACUACAACGCGGACGAUGCACUGCUCGACAAAACCCGUCUUACGCAGCAGGACAACCGCGUGUUCAACACAAAGAUCUCUGCGGAUACGGCGCCCGUGACAAACCAGCGUGCCUCCGGGCGGUGCUGGCUGUUUGCCGCAACGAACGAGCUGCGAAUCCCCGUCAUGAAGCAACUGAACUUGAAGGAGUUCGAACUGUCACAGGCGUACCUGUUCUUUUACGACAAGCUCGAGAAGGCCAAUUACUUUUUGGACCAGGUCGUCCAAUCUAGGGAUGAACCCGUCGAGUCCAGGCUCGUGCAGUACCUGUUGACCUCCCCCACGGAGGACGGUGGACAGUAUUCGAUGUUCCUCAACAUUGUGAAGAAGUACGGCCUGAUUCCAAAGGACUUGUACGGUGACCAAGCGUUCUCAACAACUGCAUCUAGAAAGUGGAACGCACUGUUGACAACCAAGUUGAGAGAGUUUGCGCAGCAAUUGAGACAGUGCGAUGUUGCGGAUCUGCCCCAGAUGAGAGAGCAGAUGCAAAAGGAUAUCUUCAAGUUGAUCACUUUGUUCAUGGAUUUACCCCCAGUCGGGCCUAACAACACUUUCAAAUGGGAGUACCAGGACAAGGACAAAAACACACACUCCAUCGAAUGCACCCCUCUGCAAUUUGCCACAGAUUACUGUCAGUUGAGCCUACAACCACCACCUGUCUCGCUAAUCAACGACCCAAGACACCCCUACGGUGAACUGAUCAAGAUUGACAAGUUAGGUAACGUUAUCGGCGGCGACGACGUCCUGUACUUGAACGUCGACAACGAAACGCUUUCGAAGCUUGUUGCCAAGCGUCUGUCCAAGGAUAAACCCGUGUUCUUUGGCUCACACACCCCAAAGUACAUGGAUAAGAAGUUCGGGGUCAUGGAUGUUCAAUUGUGGAACUACAAGGCAGUCGGAUACAAUUUGACCCAAUCGAAGGCGGACCGGAUCAAGUACGGUGAGUCGUUGAUGACUCACGCAAUGCUGAUCACGGGGUGUCACGUCCCGGAGGGCGAACAGGUCCCAGUGCGGUACCGCGUCGAAAACUCAUGGGGGAAGGACUCCGGUAAGGACGGCUUGUACGUCAUGACGCAAGAGUACUUCGAGGAAUACUGUUUCCAAAUCGUGGUUGAUUUCGAAGAUCUUCCUCAAGAACUCGCGGAUAUCUACAAGAGCGACAAAGCCGCUAACCCUAUAGUCCUACCUAUCUGGGACCCAAUGGGUGCUCUAGCCGAGUAG